CUUGCAUUGUUAAAAGCAAGUUUUAUCUUACAGCUUUGCUAUUCGUGGUAACAAUUUCUUUCUGGCAGUACCACAUACAUUCCCUCACUGCGGGCCUGUUUUCCUUGUCGGGUUGUAGCCUAAAAUAUCAUAUAUUGAUGGUUUCAGAGCCUACCUUGUUGACCUCCUGUAGCUUAUGGUUGGUACCAUUCACAGGGUUGCAUAUCCACAAAUUGGGCAACAAUUUUUUUCUUUUACUGUACUGUAAUGCUCUGAUUUAACCCUUUACCAUUUGAGCAGUAAACCGAUGUUAGAUUAGAGGAUCCUGUUGAGAAGCAGCUUAAAACAUAUUUAUAUAUUAAAGUCUGUUCCUGAGCUGUCUUGGCCAAAGCCAUUGUUUGUCUGGGCUCUACAUUAUUGUGGAAGUUUCUAUGUUUGUUUAUUACUGAUAAUUUGCACUGUUGAAGCCAGAUCAGUAUUUAAAACACAGCUUAUAGCUUAUCUAGUAUGCAAAAGCAUGCACCACCUAGGACUCAGAACUUAAGACCUGCUCAGGGUGCUCUACCUCUGAGCUACUGGCUCCUGACAGGGUUCAUUUUUCUUGGAGGGGUACAGUUUAACCAGGCACAAUGGGCCAGCAAGUGAUGGAUCCCGAUCCAGAGGAGAAAGAGGUGAAGGAUCAAACUCCAGUAGAAGAAGUGGCACUGGUGGUACCUGUUACCGACGACCCAACUUUGCCUGUAUUUACAUUCCGUGUAUGGACACUGGGUUGUGUGUCAUGUGUAGUUCUCAUGUUUUUGAACACCUUCUUCACCUACAGAACACAGCCCUUAGUCAUAUCUGCUAUUCUAGCCCAGAUUUUGGCCUUGCCGAUGGGGAAAUUUAUGGCAGCAAUCCUUCCCGAAAGGAAAAUGCAGAUUUUCGGGUUUGAGUGUAGCCUGAAUCCUGGCCCCUUCAAUAUGAAAGAGCAUGUACUCAUAACAAUCUUUGCCAGCAACGCAGUUUCAUCUGGGGGUGGAGAUGCAUAUUCAAUUGGGGCAAUUACUGUCAUGAAAGCUUAUUACAAGCAAAGUAUUAGCUUCAUUGCAGCUCUCAUCAUCGUAAUCUCCUCACAGAUCUUAGGAUACGGUUGGGCUGGUUUGCUGAGGAAAUAUCUAGUUGAACCUGCAGAUAUGUGGUGGCCUUCCAACUUGGCGCAGGUCUCUCUCUUUAGGGCUCUUCAUGAGAAGGACAAUUCUGGGAAGAGACUGUCACGCAUGCAAUUUUUCAUAAUAUUUGCAUUAGCCAGCUUUGCAUACUACACAUUACCUGGAUACAUGUUCAGUGUUUUGACAUUUUUCUCUUGGGUUUGUUGGAUUUGGCCACAUAGUAUCACUGCACAGCAAAUUGGAUCAGGCUAUAAGGGUUUGGGUGUUGGAGCCUUAUCCUUUGAUUGGGCUGGAAUUUCAGCAUAUCAUGGAAGUCCACUUGUGACACCAUGGUUUUCAAUCUUGAAUGUUGCAGUUGGGUUUGUAAUGUUUAUUUACAUAAUUGUUCCUAUAUGUUACUGGAAAUACAACGUCUUUGAUUCGAGAACAUAUCCAAUCUUCUCUAAUCAGUUGUUUAAAGCUACUGGUCAUAAAUAUGAUACCACAAAGAUCUUGACACCAGAUAAUGAAUUGAAUGUAAGGGCCUACAAUGACUAUGGAAAGCUAUAUCUCAGCCCUCUUUUUGCACUGUCGAUUGGAUCAGGUUUUGCAAGGAUUGCAGCAACAAUUACCCAUGUGCUCCUGUUUAAUGGACGUGACAUGAUUAAGCGGAGCAGAUCUGCUAUGAAUGCUAAAUUGGAUAUACAUGGACGCAUGAUGAAGCGCUAUAAGGAAGUUCCAGAGUGGUGGUUCCUUAUUUUGUUGGCCGGCAGCAUGGCAUUCUGUAUUUUACUGUCAUUUGUAUGGAAAGAUGAAAUUCAACUUCCAUGGUGGGGCAUGUUACUAGCAUGUGGACUGUCAUGGUUCUUAACUCUCCCAAUUGGAGUGAUUCAGGCUACUACCAACCAGCAACCAGGUUAUGACAUUAUAGCUCAGUUCAUGUUUGGUUACAUUUUACCCGGGAAGCCCAUAGCAAAUCUACUUUUCAAGAUCUAUGGCAGGAUCAGUAGCACACAUGCACUUAAUUUUCUUCAAGACUUGAAGCUUGGCCAAUACAUGAAAAUUCCUCCGCGUUGUAUGUAUACUGCUCAGCUGGCAUCUACAGUCUUGGCAGGACUAGUAAAUCUUGCUGUUGCAUGGUGGAUGCUGGAAACCAUAGAGGAUAUCUGUGAUACGGAUGUUUUACCCCUUGACAGCGCUUGGACAUGUCCAAAGUACAGAGUAACAUUUGAUCAAUCUGUUAUUUGGGGUCUUGUGGGUCCUGAGCGCCUGUUUGGACACAAUGGACUGUACCGAAAUCUGAUAUGGCUUUUCUUGGUUGGUGCACUUCUUCCUGUUCCAGUUUGGGUUCUGAGCAAACUAUUUCCCGAUAAAAAGUGGAUUCCACUGAUAAAUAUACCAGUCAUUACAUAUGGGUUUGCUGGCAUGCCUCCUGCCACGCCGGCCAACAUUGCUUCCUGGAUCUUAACAGGUACCAUCUUCAACUAUUUUGUCUUCCGCUACAGGAAGCAGUGGUGGCAGCGAUACAACUAUAUUCUAUCUGCAGCCCUGGAUUGUGGUACAGCAUUCAUGGGUGUGCUACUGUACUUCGCACUUGGCUCUCAGAAUCACAAUUUAAGCUGGUGGGGAACCGAACUUGAUCACUGCCCACUUGCUUCGUGCCCUACUGCCCCAGGUGUAAAUGUUACAGGCUGUCCAGUGUUUUGAUCCUUCUGCUUUCUGUUUUGUAGAGUGAAGAUUGAGCUCCAUAAUUAUGUUAGGUGAUAAAAAGAUUGGAGGUCUUCCCAAUCAACUUUGUUUGCAGGACAAGUUUUCAGUAGCAUACCGGGCCCAUGUCUUUGCAAGACAAGAUUGCAGGAUUAUACUUGGCACAUGUUUGGCACGAACUUUCUUUCCAAGCAGAGAAACGUGAUACACUGCAAUCAUUUGAACCAACUUCCAAGACCUACUAGUUUUCUUUUUUAGGGAAAUGUGAUAAAUGCAAGUCCUUCGCCAA